AGGGAGGGUCCAUUCUGUGCACGGGCAAAUAACGGGACAGGCUGAAGGGAAGCGGCAGCUAUGAGGGAAAUUGUGCAUAUCCAAGCGGGCCAGUGCGGGAACCAGAUCGGAACCAAGUUUUGGGAAGUGAUCAGUGAUGAGCAUGGCAUCGAUCCAGCAGGAGGAUACAUCGGUGAUUCAGUUCUGCAGCUUGAGAGGAUUAACGUCUACUAUAAUGAAUCAUCUUCUCAGAAGUAUGUGCCCAGGGCAAUUCUGGUGGAUCUGGAACCAGGAACCAUGGACAGUGUGAGAUCGGGACAAUUUGGAGAACUGUUCAGACCAGACAAUUUUGUUUUUGGGCAAACUGGGGCAGGAAACAACUGGGCGAAAGGACAUUACACAGAAGGUGCAGAGCUUGUUGAUUCUGUACUGGACAUAGUCAGAAAAGAGUGUGAGCACUGUGACUGUUUGCAAGGGUUCCAGCUUACUCACUCUCUUGGAGGAGGAACAGGAUCUGGUAUGGGAACACUGAUGAUAAGCAAGAUACGAGAAGAAUAUCCAGACAGGAUAAUGAACACAUUUAGUGUUAUGCCAUCCCCUAAAGUCUCUGACACUGUUGUGGAGCCUUACAAUGCCACCCUGUCUGUACAUCAGCUGGUCGAGAACACAGAUGAAACGUACUGCAUUGACAAUGAAGCCCUCUAUGAUAUUUGUUUCCGUACCCUGAAACUCACUACUCCGACCUAUGGGGAUCUGAACCACCUGGUGUCUGCAACUAUGAGUGGGGUUACAACAUCAUUAAGAUUUCCUGGGCAGCUCAAUGCUGACCUUCGCAAGUUGGCUGUCAAUAUGGUCCCAUUUCCCCGCCUUCACUUUUUCAUGCCUGGCUUUGCUCCUUUGACUGCUCGAGGAAGCCAGCAGUAUCGAGCCCUCACUGUACCAGAGCUGACACAACAGAUGUUUGAUGCCAAGAACAUGAUGGCUGCUUGUGACCCACGUCAUGGACGGUAUCUGACUGUAGCCACAGUCUUCAGAGGUCCCAUGUCAAUGAAGGAAGUAGACGAGCAGAUGUUAGCAGUGCAAAACAAAAAUAGCAGUUAUUUUGUGGAAUGGAUCCCCAACAAUGUCAAAGUAGCAGUGUGUGAUAUUCCUCCACGUGGUUUGAAAAUGGCCUCCACUUUCAUUGGCAACAGUACAGCAAUCCAAGAACUGUUCAAGAGGAUCUCAGAGCAGUUCUCUGCCAUGUUCAGAAGAAAGGCUUUCCUGCACUGGUUCACAGGGGAAGGGAUGGAUGAGAUGGAAUUCACAGAAGCUGAAAGCAACAUGAAUGACCUUGUCUCCGAGUACCAGCAGUACCAAGAAGCUACAGCCAAUGAUGAGGAGGAGGCAUUUGAGGAAGAUGAAGAAGAGGUUAAUGAAUAGGGAAAAAAAAAUCAUUUUUUCUUAAGCAGGUGAAGUUAGCCAAAAUUGCCAAAGCAAAAAAAAAAAUGUGCUUGUUGGUAUACCUGUGUGCAGUGUUGCAGAUACAAAAUGCAACAUUCUGACACAUUUACAGAAAUACAAUACGGGCAUGUCUGUAUAUACUUCAGUAUUUCUAGGUCAAACCAACGUUUUUACUGUGAUCAAUAAAUGUGUCAAUAAAUACAUUUAUUUGUAACCA